CCUUCCUCAAGGCCCAUGUGAGGCAGCCGGCAGCCUCCCAGAUGUGGGAUGGAAACGCCGACAACUCCAGAGAUGUGCUCGGAGCUAAUAAACAUAAGAGUUGGCCAUCCAGUCCAACCCCCUUGACAAGAAGCAGGAAAAUCGCAUUCAAAGCUCCCCCGACAGAUGGCCAGGCAGCCUCUGGGUUGCUGUGAGUUUUCCGGGCUGUAUGGCCAUGUUCCAGAAGCAUUCCUUCCUGACAUUUCGCCCACAUCUAUGGCAGGCAUCCUCAGAGGUUUUGAGGUAAAUUGGACACUAGUCAAGGGAGAAAGAACUCUUGUCUGCAAGUGUGAAUGUUGCAAUUAAUCGCCUUGAUUAGCACUGAAAAGCCUUGCAGCUUCAAAGCCUAUCUGCUUCCUGUCCAGGGGAAUCCUUGGUCGAGAGGUGUUAGUUGGCCCUGAUUGUUUCAUGUCUGGAAUGAGUCUUGUUCUUUAUUUACUGUCCGGAUUUUAGAGUUGUUUAAUACUGGUAGCCAGCAAUACAUGAAGCGAGAGUUGCCAGAUGUACAAGCUGGGUUUAGAAAAGCAGAGGAAUGAGAAACCAAAUUGUAAAUAUCUGCUGGAUAAUGGAGGAAGGCAGGGAGUUUCAGAAAAAUAUCUAUUUCUGUUUUAUUGACUAUUCUAAAGCCUUUGGCUGUGUGAAUCAUAAUAAAUUGUGGCAAGUUCUUGGUGGCAUGGGGAUACCAAGUCACCUUGUCUGUCUCCAGAGGAAUCUGUAUAAAGACCAAGUAGCAACAAUAAGAACAGACCAUAGAACAACAGACUGAUUCAAGAUUGGGAAAGGAGUGCAGCAGGGCUGUAUCCUCUCACCCUACAUAUUCAACCUGUAUGCAGAACACAUCAUGCGACAUGCGGGGCUUGAUGAAUCCAAGGCUGGAGUUAAAAUUGCUGGAAGAAACAUUAACCUUCGAUAUGCAGAUGAUACUACUUUGAUGGCUGAAAGUGAGGAGGAGCUGAGGCAAUGAAGGUCCGCAAAGUCAAAGCAAUGGAAUUCUCCGUAGUAAUAAAUGCAAGAGCUGGACCAUAAGGAAGGCUGAGCAAAGGAAGAUAGACGCUUUUGAACUUUGGUGCUGGAGGAAAAUCCUGAGAGUGCCUUGGGCUGCAGGAAGAUCCAACCAGUCCAUCCUCCAGGAAAUAAUGCCCGGCUGCUCACUGGAGGGAAGGAUAUUGGAGGCAAAGUUGAAGUAUUUUGGCCCAUCAUGAGAAGACAGGAAAGCUUUGAAAAGAUCAUGAUGCUGGGGGAAAUGGAAGGAAAAAGGAAGAGAGGCCGACCAAGGGCGAGAUGGAUGGGCGGUAUCCUUGAAGUGACUGGCCUGACCUUGAAGGAACUGGGGGCGGCAAUCGCCGACAGGGCGCUCUGGCGUGGACUGGUCCAUGAGGUCAUGAAGAGUCGGAAACGACUAUGCGACUGAGAGAGAGAGAGAGAGCUCACUGGAGGGAAGGACACAGUAUUCCAGAUUUAACCUCCUUGCAUCCUGGAAGUUUUAAAGUGAAAUCACCUAGAUACAAAUUAAAAUGCCUGUUUUCAAACACCCGGAGUAUCCUGAAGAGACCUUGGUUCAGUUGGAAAGCUUGGUACCUUGUCGAGAAUCUCAAGUGUCUACCUUGCUCUCAAUCUUUGGAGAGCGCCAUCAUUUUAGUUUUCCAUCCCUUUUCAUCUAUGGACAUACAUCUAGUGGAAAGACUUACGUGAUGCAGACUCUCCUGAAAACUUUGAAGCUACCUCAUGUGUUUGUGAAUUGUAUUGAAUGUUUUACAUCAAGACUGCUUCUAGAAGAAAUUUUGCAACAGUUGCAACAUCUUUCCACCAAGGAAGAAGAUCCUCCUCUAGUAUCCUGUGACACAUUCAAUGAUUUCAUACGUUUAUUUAAGCAGACAACUAUGAUACCUGAUCUGCAGAAUCAAACUAUAUAUGUUAUUUUGGAUAAUGCAGAGCAGCUGAGGAAGUUUGAAGCAAACAUCCUUCCGGGUUUCCUUCGAUUACAAGAACUGACAGACAGAAAUGUGACUGUUGUCCUCCUUAGUGAAAUUGUGUGGGAGCUUCUUCGUCCAAAUACAGGAUGCCUUGAACCAUCACCUUUAUAUUUUCCGGACUACAGCAUAGGACAUUUGCAAAAGAUUCUGUCCCAUGACCAUCCUCCAGAAUAUUCUUUCGAUUUUUAUGCUGCAUAUAUAAAUAUUCUACUUGGAGUCUUCUAUCCUGUGUGCAGAGAUCUGAAGGAGCUUCGACAUCUGGCGGCACUGAAUUUUUCCAAAUAUUGUGAGCCAGUGGUUCAAGGAGAAGCUAAUGAACGUGAUACACGUCGACUUUGGAAAAAUAUUGAAUCUCACUUGAAGAAGGCUAUGCAGACUGUUUAUCUGCGGGAAAUAUCGAGCUCCCAGUGGGAACGAUUACAGCAAGAUGAUGGAGAACCUGGACAUCUAAAAGGACUUUCAGCGCAUGCUCAUGUAGAGCUUCCAUAUUAUUCCAGGUUCCUUCUAAUAGCUGCAUACCUUGCUUCUUAUAACCCUGCCAGGACAGAUAAGAGGUUCUUUGUUAAGCACCAUGGAAAAAUUAGGAAGAUGAACUUUCAGAAGAAACAUGAAAAGACCACUAAUCACCUUCUGGGACCAAAGCCAUUCCCUCUUGACAGAAUGUUAGCAAUAUUGUAUAGUAUUGUGGACAGCAGAGUUGCUCCAACUGCAAAUAUAUUUUCCCAGAUCACUUCCCUUGUGACACUCCAGCUGUUAACCUUGGUAGGCCAUGAUGACCAGCUUAAUGGACCGAGAUACAAAUGCAAUGUGUCUUUAGAUUUCAUUCGAGCAAUUUCAAGCAACACAUCUGGGCUUAUUGCUCUCCAGUCUGAUGACCUGUUCCUGUACUUCAGUAAGAAUACCUUCCCCAAAGGUGAUCUACAAUUUCAGUCUAACUGGUAUUCUUUCCUGAACCUUGAACAAAUCUCAAAAAAUCUUCUGGUAUGUCAUAUGAACACGUACUAUUUAUGUCAUUAGAACUACUCUUUUUUGUCAGCCCAUAUCAUUGUUCCUUUCUUACGGUUGUCCUAAGAAAUGUCACCAUGCCACCCCACAAAGAAUGUUCGGACUAUUUGUCUGGCCUACACUUUUGCUAAGAGCCACUUCUGACGUCAAUCAAAGCUCACUCCAUCAGAUCAAUUGCAGCAUUUGCAAUCUUCUUUACUGGUGCUUCUUUGCCAGAACUUUUUAAAGGUGCCACAUGAUAUCAGCCAUCAAUUGGAUAAGACAUUAUCAUUUGAACUCUAGGAAUGAUACAGGAUUUGGUCAUAAGAUUUUACAACCUUUAUUUUUGUGACUGAUUUAAUUUCAGGAGCAAUCCUGUAGCCAGGAAGGGAGGAUUUAGGAGUUCAAACCACCACCACCCCAAAUUUUUCAGAUUAAAAAAAACUGGUUUACUCAUGAACUAUGAGAAGCAAAAAUUAAAAGUUCCUCCAAAACUUCGAGCACUGUCUCAACCACAUUUUGACAAUUUAUUCACCCUGUCAUUACCUGUCUUUCCACCAAUUUAUAUUGCAAUAGCUGCAAUAGCAGAUAUAGUGGAAGCAACAAAGUUGGCCCACCCGUAUCCGGCAGACAAAGCUUAAGGCACAGGUGGGAAUUUGAAGGCCCAAAACAGAGUACCAUCUGAACAACGUGUACUUGGCUUGUACAGAACCUCUUGGCAAUUCACAGUGGAAAGUGUCCUGAUGUAACCCGUCAUCAUGAUAAAGGAAAGCAAAAGAAAGUGGAAGAAAACAGAGACACCUACCAAUUGUUGAAACUAUUUGAGGCUGAUAAGAACUGGCUUUAAGAGGGAGCAAUGAUUAAGGACCUAUUACCUGUGAAGAACCUUUGCACAAUAAUGGUAAUUUCAAGGCCUUGUUGAGAUCUCAUGCCAGAUCAGGAAACACUGACUUGCAAAGCCAUCUCAAAACUGCAGCCACGAAUGCCAAUUAAUUUCAAAAGAGUAAGCAAAUGAAAUCAUGCAACAAUCAUUUUAUCAUAGAGACUCUCAUUCUAUAACAGAUGAGUUCCAAUGGGGUGAUACUCUACUCAACUUGUAUGUUAUUUUUGGAAUGAAAGCCAGAAAUGAACAGCCUAGCUUUAGGAUUUAAUGCCUUUCUCAGACAUAGGGAUGGGCUAUUUUUGUGGUUCUACAAUAAGACUUUUUUGCUCUGAGGGAUUCCUAACUAUGCCUAAAAUUUUCUGUAUUGUAAAAAAAAAUAUCCACAAGUGGCUACCAGUACACUGUUUUUUAAGAAAAAUGUUUUAUUGUUCUUGUUAAACAGUGUCAGGAAGCACUGUAACCAACUUAAAGAUUUACUGCUCUUUGGGUAUUCAAGGGGAGGCAAAUGAUCAGGAAAAGUUACAGCCUGGAGAUGCAAAAUAGACUUAAAGAGCCAAAUUUGAACAUUGGGCUCCUGUUUCAUCAUCUAGUGAUGGAGCUGUGUGCUUAUAAAAUCCAUGUUCUUCAAAACUAGGCCAGUGUAUGUGAGGAUCAUUAAUUAAUUUGGAAGCUAUGAAAAUUUCUGACCGACCCUGUCUUGCUUUCAAAUUAACUACACUCAGAACUGGAUGCAUUAUCUUCUCCAAGGAAAUCAAAGCUCUGUACCUAAAAGUGAACAUGCAAAUGAAGGAGAAUAUGCUAAUGUACUUAUAUUAGCUACUCAAUGUACCAGUAUUCGUUUAGUUGAUACUUCUGCUUCAAAGAGUAAUAUUUGCAAAUAACUUGAAAUUUUCAUGUUAAUGUCUGGAAUGACAUAGGACAAGGACUGGUGCAGAUUGGGGUGAGUUAGCAAUAGGAUGAAAGAGGUUAUAAAAAGAUGUACAGAGUGUGGGGCUUUGCUAAAUAUCAAAUUGCUUUACUUUCUAUAUUACUUGCCUUUAAUUUAUCAGACUUAACUUUGUUCAGAGCUAGAGCUUCUGCACAAAGUACAAUUAGGUCUAUUGAUUUCUAAUCCAAUCCUCUUAUUUACUUGACACUGACACUCCAUUAUUGAAACGGAACUACUCCCAACUAAAUAUUCCUAGAUUUCAUCCUUUGUAUCAUUAUCUGGAACUUGGCAAACACAAUUGACUAGUUAAAUUGGAGCACAUUUUCGUGUACUUGGAACCUAAUUCUUUAAGUGUGUUUUAGAUUAAAACCAUAGCACCUCAGACAACGUUUUGUAAGUACAGUAGCUGGUAGCCAUUAUGUUACUUUGAAUUUACUGAAUGUGAAACAAAAAAGAGACCUCUGUGUUUUUAAAUAAGUCUUCCGAAGAAGCACAAGUAGCAGGAGAUUAGGUUGCUUUGUUCUGAGAUAAACUAAGUGUACAGCUAUGUCAACCAGAAGGUGAAAUAUUAAUUUUCUGAAACUAUGCUAAUAAUAUGUUAACAGGUUCAUGACACAGUAAGAACAACAGAAGCAUAUUUUGUACUCAUGCCUUUUUGAUAAAUAUGCACUUUCCAUUUCAAAAUUGGAUUGAUUCUGGAAUUGUGACGGGACAAAAGAAACAUGAAAAAGAAAUCGGUGAAAAGAUACGUCACCUGGCAUUUGCCCACUGAAUUAAAGUUUCCAAAUCUGCUGAACUUUUUGACCAAGAAAGUGCUAUUUAAAAGCCCCAAAAGAACAGAGCAAGUAAAGCGGUAUUAUUACAUUUGCAUGUGGAAUUCCAUUUUAACGUUUUUUCAAUGCAACUAAGCUUCUAGAAGCCAGAAAGCAUUUGACAUUUCUGUGGAGACAUGCUGUGACAUUUGUACUGAAUGGCCAAUUAUCAUCAACAGGCAGAGAUGCUAAGGCAAAGAUGAAGAAUUUAACAAGAUAAGGGAAACAAUGAAAUUCUUAGUACUGGUAUUUAGUUUAUGGUGUUUUAUUAAUAUUUAUUUCAUUUUAUUUAUGUAUAUUUGUAACUGUUCUUUAUUAAGAGAAAUUUCAAGUGGGUGAUAAUAUCAAAACAAUAUGUAUAAAAUAUAA